GGGUACGUGCAUUCAUGGGGCAGAGGAAUGUUUGGACGACUUGGGACUGGUUCAGAAUCCGACGAACUUUUCCCGGUUCGGGUCAAGUUCCAGGACUUGGAGCUUAAGUUCAUAGCUGUCGCUGAUCACAAUCUUGCUCUUGCAGAUGAUGGAUCAGUUUGGUCAUGGGGUUAUAAUACAUAUGGACAACUUGGUAUGCACGGGGACAAUUCUUUGGCACCUCAAUUGAUGGAGCGGUUCCUCGAAUUGGGCUCCCCUGGUCAAUCAAAAGCUGAGUUAGAGUUAGACUCAGAGAUAAUAAAGGAGUAUCUUCCUUCUUCAACGCAAGGAAAAUAGUAUGGUAACAUCGUAAUAAAAUAAACAACAGAAACACAAGUACAUUCAGCAUUGUUUUUACUGUGAUAAGCUUUCCCUAUUACAGAUACAAA